CGGUGCGUCAAACAGUUCGAAUCCAGCUUUUCGCGACGAACAAACUAAUUCUUGAUCGAUCGAUCUGUCAUUCAAUCAAUUAAUCAUUAUCGGUUAGUCGAAAGGGAAAGUUUAUUAUUUCCGAUUCGUUUGUUUAUAUAAUUACAAUUUCAUUUUAUAUUAAACGAUGACAAAGUGUGAAGAGCAACAAUUGCAAGUAACAAAAAAAACGUGUAGGUGAAUUUUCGUGAAAAAAAAGGAAUCGAAGAACAACCACAGAAGGAACGAAAGAAAAUAUUCAACAGUUACAAAUUAAUUUGUAAAAGUGAUUACGGUGACGAGGAAAAGAUCAAACAGAACAAAAAACAAAGAAGAUAAAGAGGGCAAACAUUACGGUUUCGAAAGUGUCAACUACUUGGAGGAAAACUUCGAUUGAUCUAUCAUCUUUCUCUUCAUCAUAUUUUUCAUCUCCUUAUUCUUCUUUUUGCAGAAAUCGACACAAAAAAUCGAGAUGUGGCACAAUCUGACGUGCGUCGACGAUUUUCUAAACCGUGCCUUUCACAAGGUCGGCCUUGUGGUCGGCCGUCAUCCUGGAUAUUUUGUCAUUGUACCCACCCUUUUGGCCUGCAUUUGCUUCACCGGAUAUCAAAGGAUACACUACGAGAUCGACCCGGAAUAUCUUUUCUCUCCUGUUAACGGUCCAGGCAAGACCGAGCGGGCUAUAGUCGAGCAAUAUUUCAAAGUCAACUAUAGUCAUCAGUUCAACGUCGGUCGUAUCACCAGGCCAGGUCGAUUUGGUCACGUAAUAAUUAUUCCGAAAGAUGGAGAUCCGAAUAUGCUGCGUACCGUUAUUUGGAAUGAAUUAAGGGAAUUGGAUCGAAUAAUACGAGAAGUUAAAGUUAAAUACGAAGACGAGAUUUAUACUUACGAAGAAAUUUGUGCACGAUGGCUGAACGAAUGUUUCAACAAUGAUAUUAUUAAUCUUUAUCACGUCAUACAGGACGUAGAAAAUAGGGAGCUCAACUUGACAUUUCCGGUGAUGUUCAAUCCUGUGACAUGGGAUGCCCAUCUAUUUCCCGUUUUCUUCGGUGGUAGUGUCAUCACCGAGGAUCUAACGAUCGAAACAGUGCCCUCGGUCCAGCUCGCCUACUUCAUCACCGUCGACAACCCACGGCAAGAUGCUAUUGGCGCCGCCUGGGAGGAAGCCUUCCUAAACAUAAUUGGCGAAGCCGAAGAUAGCGGGAUUUUUAAACACAUAAGCACAGCUCGAUUUGCUUCGAGGACAUUGGAAUUAGAAUUAGAAGCAAAUACGAAAACUAUCGUGCCGUAUUUCUUUAGCACGUUCGCAGUGAUGGGUCUCUUUUCCGUGGUGACCUGCAUGAUGACUGAUUGGGUACGAAGUAAACCCUGGCUUGGCCUUCUUGGGAACGUGUCAGCUGGUAUGGCAACUGUCGCCGCUUUUGGACUUUGCAUGUACCUAGGAGUCGAUUUCAUCGGCCUCAAUCUUGCUGCACCCUUUUUGAUGAUUGGUAUUGGAAUCGACGAUACAUUCGUAAUGUUAGCUGCCUGGAGACGAACAUGUAUUACCAAACCAGUACCUGAGAGAAUGGCCCAGACUUUGAGCGAAGCUGCUGUAUCGAUUACGAUCACGUCUUUGACUGAUAUGAUAUCGUUCUUCAUUGGCAUCCUAUCACCAUUUCCCUCGGUUCAAAUAUUCUGUAUUUAUUCAGGUUUCGCCGUGGUAUUCACCUUCCUCUUUCAUUUAACAUUCUUUUCCGGAUGCGUUGCCAUAAGCGGUUAUUGCGAGCAAAAGAAUCUUCACAGCGUAGUUUGCUGCAAAGUUCAACCUCUUUCUAAAUCAUCACAUCGUUCUUGGCUUUAUCGAUUAUUCUGUACUGGAGGAGUAGAUCCUGACGAUCCGAAGAAUCCAAUUGACAAUCCUGAACAUGGAUGCAUGACCUGGUUCCGGGACUACCUGGCAGUAGCAUUGAAUUGUCGACCCGUCAAGGCCAUUAUCAUUUUCAUCUUCAUCUGUUAUUUGCUUGGUGCUUUAUACGGAUUAACAACCCUACAGGAAGGAUUGGAUCGGCGAAAACUUUCCAAGGAAGAUUCUUACUCGAUUGCGUUCUACGAUCGUGAAGACUUUUACUUCCGGGAAUUCCCAUAUAGAAUACAGGUGGUAGUGUCUGGCCAGUAUGACUAUAGUGAUCCAGAGAUACAGCAGCAAAUGGAGAACCUCACAAAAUCCCUCGAGGCUAGUUCAUACAUCAGUGCGCCGAUCUACACAGAAAGCUGGUUGCGCAGCUUCCUAAGUUACGUAUCGCGAAACGAGGACUACCUGAAUGUGAGCAUCAAAGACGAGGGUAGCUUUGUCAAGGCGUUAAAAGGGAUAUGGCUCUACUCGACCAGCACAUUUUCCCUCGACGUUAAAUUCGACGAGAAUGACGAGCACAUUGUGGCUAGUAGGUUUUUGAUUCAGGCGGUAAACGUCAGUGGUACGAAUCAAGAAAAGGAGAUGGUCAAGGAGUUGCGACAAAUUUGUAAAGAUUCUUUACUCAAUGCUAGCGUUUUUCAUCCUUACUUCGUAUUUUUUGAUCAAUUCGAAUUGGUCAGGCCAACUAGUAUACAGUGUAUGAUAUUUGGUGCUCUCGUAAUGAUGCUCAUAAGUUUUAUAUUUAUCCCCAAUAUAUUAUGUUGUCUUUGGGUUGCAUUCUGUAUCGUUUCGAUCGAGCUUGGUGUAGCUGGUUACAUGGCUCUUUGGAGCGUAAAUCUCGAUAGUAUUUCGAUGAUUAAUCUAAUAAUGUGUAUUGGAUUCAGUGUCGAUUUCACGGCUCAUAUAUGUUAUGCCUAUAUGAGUUCGAAGAAAGUCUCACCAGAGGACAGGGUGAAAGAAAGUUUGUAUAGUUUGGGUCUACCAAUUGUCCAAGGUGCUGCCUCAACUAUACUCGGCUUGGUAGCUUUGUUACUUGCCGGAACGUAUAUAUUCCUAGUUUUCUUCAAAAUGGUCUUUCUGGUGAUUUUCAUCGGUGCCAUGCACGGUCUCUUCCUCUUACCGGUUUUAUUGUCCAUUUUUGGACCAGGUUCCUGUACCAGUUCCAAUACGGACAAAGACCACGAUGAAGCGGACGACAACGAACGCGGAGAUAAAGUCACGAGAAAGAAUGGGAUAGCGGAAAAAGAGCUUGUCGAUAAACUUCAACAACCUUUCGUUAUACCCCACCUUACGCUUUCGUACUAUCAUCACGGUAGCAUGAUAAAAUCCCUUCAACCGAGUCCGGCUACUAGUCUAGCAGCUUUCGAGGAACGAGAUCCAGGCUUGGGUACUAGCGAGGAUAGCAAUUCAACAGAGAGUGGUUCUUCCCAAAGCAGAAGACGACAAGAACAACAACAACGAGAAUUAGAAGAGGAAAAGCAGAAACAUCAACAAGAGCUUUGCAGAAGAUCCAUAGGGGUUCUUUACGGAUUGUCACAGUUUCAACCAUCGAUAGAGAUUGGUCAUCUGGUACCACCUGCACCCGAUUAUCCUGGUGCAAUACAACAAGAUCAUCUUCAACAGGAUCAUCCAGAUCAACGUAUAUUUCGUACAGUACCAUAUUUAGGAUCACAUUUGGGAUACCGAGUACCCAAUCAAAUUCACAGGGACUAUAGACGUAGUCGAUCUCAUCAUAAUCUUCAUAAUCUUCAUAAUACCUCGUCGAGGUAUUUGACGGAUCCGCGUUAUCCUUAAACAAAAGAAAAAAUAAGCAGAAUUAAAAAUAAAUAUAUUCAAUAUUAUUCUGUAAGGGUGGAAGAUGAUGAUAUGCAUAUAUGAAUAUACAUAAGAGAAAAGAACGCGCUAAAGGGGAAAACAAAUAUUCGCGCAUUUUAUAUACAUAUGUAUAUUGUGUAAAUGUAUGUACGUAUGUAUGCUAGUAUGUAUGUAUGUAAGUAUGUACGUGAGUAAGGAGGUAAAAUUCAAUCCGGUCGUUGACUUUCUUUUCGACACGGUCAUACAACUUUUCUUCUCGCAAGUGAGAGGGAACCCUCGGAAUUGCGUUCGCUCGAGAUUUGCAAAGACGAAAGUAACCUUCCUGAAUAUAACAUAGUUUGUGAGAGAAGAUCGUCGUGCUAUUCGAUGAUGAUUGGCCGACGUGACUUCCUAAAAAGACUUUGUUUUUAUAUAUAUUUUAUAUAUAUAUAUAUAUAUAUAUAU